AUGGCGUUUUACCAAAGUGGAAAAGAAACGUAUAAUGCGUAUGAAAAUCGUCUCAAUGAAAAUUCAGGAUAUGAUGUUUGUGGAUUUUACUGUUCGACGUCUAAUGAUCAGCAGACUAGAAUUAAACUCCCUAAACACAAAGAGUUUGCCGAUUAUAACACUCGUUUAAAGACUUUUGAAAACUGUCCAAAAAAAUUGGAAUCAAAAAUAUCAAGACUUUGUGAUGCUGGAUUUUUAUACAUAGGUAAUGGACAAAAUGAUCAAAUGUUAUGUUAUUGCUGCAGUCAAGGUUUGAAAGAUUGGGAUGAUGAAGACAACCCAUGGGUAGAACACGUACGUUGGUCUCCUAGCUGUACUCAUGUAUUGUUAUGUAAGGGACAGUUAUUUAUCCAAAAUAAUAAAAUAACGAAAUAAGACUACUAUUAUUUGUUAUUCUUAUAUAGUAUUGUAGUUUGAAAAAUAAAUAAAGAUUUUUAAUAUUGUAUCUUGUGUGUUAUAUGAAACUGUAUAAAAGAUACAGUGUGUAAUAAAUAAAAAUAUCAAUUUUCGAUUUAGUAAAAAACAUAAUAUACUACUAAAUUUAUAAUUUGUAUAAUAUAAGAGGGUUUUUGUAUUCACAAACGUUCAAAUCUACAAAAAAAAAAAAACA